GGCGGAGCGCGGCGCCUGCCGCUGCCUGGAUGCCAGAGGCGCCUCGGGAGCCGGCGGCCGGCGGCACCCGGGAGGGCCCGGGGGAGGAGGAGGCGGCGGCGGCGGAGGAGGAGGAGGACUCCGGGAGCGGAGGCGAGGAAGCAGGCAGCGCUGGCCAUGGCCUCCAACUUUAACGAUAUAGUCAAGCAGGGCUACGUGAAAAUCCGCAGCAGGAAGCUGGGGAUUUUCAGGCGUUGUUGGUUGGUUUUCAAGAAGGCUUCCAGUAAAGGACCCAGGAGGCUAGAAAAAUUUCCAGAUGAGAAGGCAGCAUAUUUCAGGAACUUUCACAAGGUAACAGAGCUGCACAAUAUCAAAAACAUAACUAGAUUGCCUCGAGAGACAAAGAAGCAUGCAGUGGCAAUUAUCUUUCAUGAUGAGACGUCAAAGACAUUUGCGUGUGAGUCAGAACUAGAGGCAGAGGAAUGGUGCAAACAUCUUUGCAUGGAGUGUCUAGGAACCAGGCUCAAUGAUAUAAGUCUCGGGGAACCAGAUUUGCUUGCUGCUGGAGUCCAGAGAGAACAAAAUGAACGAUUCAAUGUAUAUCUUAUGCCUACACCAAAUUUAGAUAUCUAUGGGGAAUGUACAAUGCAGAUCACACAUGAAAACAUCUAUCUCUGGGACAUCCACAAUGCCAAGGUCAAGCUGGUCAUGUGGCCUCUGAGCUCUUUGAGGAGAUACGGACGUGACUCAACAUGGUUCACAUUUGAGUCUGGAAGGAUGUGUGACACAGGAGAAGGGCUGUUCACCUUUCAGACACGAGAAGGAGAAAUGAUAUAUCAGAAAGUCCAUUCUGCAACACUGGCAAUAGCAGAGCAACAUGAAAGAUUAAUGAUGGAGAUGGAGCAGAAGGCACGGCUCCAGACCAGUCUGUCUGAACCAAUGACAUUAUCCAAGUCGAUCUCACUUCCUCGUAGUGCAUACUGGCAUCACAUCACCCGGCAGAACAGCGUUGGAGAAAUCUACAGUUUACAAGGUCACAGCCUCGGCUCAGCGAAGGUGUCCCGGGCGCAGACAUUUCCCAGCUACCCCUCGGAGCAGGGCGAGGAGCACCAGCAGUCCCUCUCCCUGGCCAGCAGCUACGCCUUCAGCUACGGCUCAGGCCUGGUGCAAUGACAGCCGGGGGCGGCCGGCCGAGAGAGACAUUCGAGCCUGGAGCCUGUCGCCAGGGCCGGGGAGCCACCGGCCCCCUCCGCACCCACCAUUUUCCGUGAAAACUGAUGCCUACCAGCUCCAGACGGGUCACCGCCAAGGCGGAAACCUGAAAAGGCGGCUUCCCCAAAGCAGAGGCUAAGUCUUUAUUUAUUUAUUUUGCCGUUCCUUUUGUUGAUAUGUUCAGAAAGGAGGGGGCGGGUGGGGGGUGGAGGGGGACGCGUUCGUGUUGUGAGAAAGUGAUGGAAACAAACAAAACUGUGUUGGUGUGAAGGUUUCUGCAUGACCGGAGAAGGCCCGUUCUGGGGCUCCGUCGCAAUGGCGCAUUCGACAUCGGGGCCUUCCUACCCGCCUCCACCAGCAGGCCCGCCCGUCUUCACCUGUAACAUUUUUAGGUCCUUGCCACAGCCCACUGAUUCCUGCUGGAGUCGCUGAAAUGUCGCCAAUUCGAGACGCAGCAUCAGCACCUUCAGAUCCAAGCGAGUUUGUUCAUUACCCUACAGGGUGGUCGGGUGUUUUUUGAGCCAGACACCAACAGAAACUGGAGUAGCAGGCUAAUACAGUUUGUUGGGAAUAGAGUUUGAUACAUUAAGGUAAAGUUAUUGCCUGGUACGGAUCUAAUCUUAAAUUCCGGGGGCAGAAAUUCAUCCCUUACUAAUACAUACAUAAUUCUCACGACACCCCUGAGACCUGUGAACGUCCAUAUCAGCAGCACAGUUUCAUCCUCAGAACUGCCGCGAAGUCUUCUUAUUUGCAAAUUAUUUAGGGAACCAUGCCUGCAAGCCUAACUUUAAAAAGUGGGAAAACUGUUAUUCAGACAAAUAAAAGUGGGCUGCAUCCCCGGCUGGCCACCGCCUGUGCCACGGCUGGGCCAGAUACGGUAGAGCUGAGCUCUGGUCUUGUCUUUCUGGUCAGCGUUACUUUGAUUUUCUUUGUUUCGUUCUCAGAUUUCUGUUUUAGAUGCACAUUGUAUCUUGUAUGAUCAUGUGUCAAGCAUCGGUUUACUUUGAAAAGGACGAUGAGUACCUCUCAAUGGAAAUUUUCUGUCUUUGGAAGACAUCUUUAAAAAAUGAACUGUAGUAGGUGUGUUUGUAAUCAAUAACGAGGGAAUAAGUUGGAAGGCAUACCUGUAGGUGGAGAACAAGUUUUAUCUAUCCUGAACAUUUAGAUUUUUGUAAGUGGUAUCAAAUAUUUAUGUACUUCUUGCAAUGCCCUGAAAUGUUUGAAAUUGUGGGGAGACAAAUCUGCCCUCUUGCUAUGAUCUGAGCAUCCUUGUGUUCUGUUUCCAGUGUGAAAUGAUUGCCAUGAUUACUAGAGGGAUUUGUCUCAGUAGUUGUUUCUCAGGACAGGUUGAGGAAGCGUAUCAAGGAGGAGACACAUAGACUCUUUUCCAAUGAAACAAUCAGUUUUAUGUACCAUAAUUUAACUGAGAAAGUGCUGUUGGGUUGUUUUAUAUAUGCACAUAUAUAUAUGUAUUAAAAAGUAUGGAAGAAACUUCUGCUUUUGAUUAAACAUUUACCAAUACAGUAUGUCCAGCUUUUCUCCAACCAUUUUCCAGGCUAAGAGACUUACAGACUAAGCAGACUUACAGCUUUCCACACUUCAGUGAACAGCUGCUGAACAACAAAGCUUUGUGAUCCACUUGAAUGAAACACUUCUACCCCACCACAACCAGCUUUAUUUAUUUUUCCUCUUUUUCCCUGUCUCAUUCACUACCUCUUUUCCUUCUCACAGUGCUGCCAUACUCAGGAAUAGAACGGCUCCCUACAGAGAGUAUUUUAAUGAGCUAAGAUGAAAAACUGCUGUCCCACGCUGUCAGGGAGCUGUACCUAUGGUGCUCUCUGAGCUGUGCCCAUCAAGGAAGCUUCAUUCACACUUUCAUUUAAGAAAAAAAUUUGUUUGACAUUUUGCUUUGGGAAAAUUUCCAGUUGGCAAAUGUUACAUGAAAAAUGCGAUACAAAAAGGAUAGAUACUGUGCUGCUGUAAUUCCAUUAUUCAAUACAGCUUUGCCAAAUAUAUGCCUUUUGAGGAACUGGCCAGUUAUUUUUAUUCCUAUGCAACUGCAAUUCUUUCACUUGCCCUAAAAUUAUAUCUUUUCUUUAAAAUUUCUUAGAUUAAAUUUCCAAUAUGAUCUGGAGAUUUCUGUGCUGUGUCCAUGUAACUAUUUUCUUCUGUGACUUGAAUACCAGUCAUUUAAUACUUCUAUAUUCUACACAGUACAAAAGCGGGGAAAGAGUAAAACAGGAGAAUAUCAGAACUGCUUUAUAGUUCCAGUGCCCAUACACAUUAAGAACCUAUCUAAAACCUAAAGCUAGUGCUUUAGCUGUGUUUAGAUAAAAAGCGUAAGAGCUAUAUAGUGUGCUCUUUCUGUUUGCUGGGGAACACUUGCUGUCUGUCACAGAUGGUUUUGUCUUCCUAUGCAGUGCAUGAAUAUUUUCUAGUUAAUAAAAAUGUAGAUGCUAUUUCCAAACAAGACACACACAAAAAAAAAGGGGGGGGGGGGCGGGGAAGAUUGGCCAUGUAUAGGAGUUUAACUAAAUAUUUUGCUGUCAUUGUACAAGGCAACUAUCCUCUCAACUCAUACAUUUAUAAACAUCUGUGAAGUCCCAUCUUGCAGCAAUAGGUAGAAAACUGAACUCCAAGAGAAAGCUGGAGAAAGCAACCAACAAAAAGCAAACCUGACCUAUUGGGAACCUACUUCUUGUAGAAAGUAAAUGCAACCACACUGGAAGUUGAAAAUAAGGGUGCAACUUCACAGCGUACUGUAACACAAUCUAAGAAGACUGGGCAUCUGAAGCACAAAGGUAUUCAGCAGCCAGUGGAUGUUGCCAUUAGUGCCACUCCAGAACAGCAGAUGAUAUCACUAUAACAUUUGUGUGUUUACGUAGCUUCCAGAAAUGUUCCUCAGAAAAGCUCCAUGAGAACCAGGUAGGCACUGCGCCAACAGUUUGCCAGAAAACUCUGUUUUCACGGAAUAUCUUUAAUUCCUGGCAUAUGCCUGUCGAUAAUCUAAGUGAUUUCCCACUGAGACUACUUUGUACAGCUCCUAGUGCUUCCGCCAGAAGGAAAACUCUCUUUUGGCACACGUGGUAGAGCUGCUUGCCUAGAGACUACAAGGGCUUUUAAAUAGGCCCAGGGACCCAUUGGGUCCCUGUUCAAGUCUCGGCUUUCUUCAUGUGCAAGGCACACAGAUAAUACGUCUACUCCUGACCCAAGGGGAGCUCUCUGUUUUCAGCUAAUGAGCUGUGAAGAGAUGGAGGGCAACAAAAUGUCUUCAGUGGUAACCAGGUGCAACUGGUACAAAUGGAACUUAGCAUUAGUACAUUAUAAAAUAGAAAAAAUAACAUAAGGCUAUCGCUUUCAUUUUGGUUCUGAGAAUGUGUUAUGAAUACAUAACCGUAAUCUUGAUUUAAAUUUUUAAAAUAUGACCCUUGAUAACAAUAUAUACACCCCUAUGAGCAAAUAGCACACAGCAUAACUAAAUAUAGUUGCUAAUAUAUCUUAACUGUGAGUAUUAUAGAUUGAUGCAUGCUGGUACUUUUGACUUUGAAGUCACUUGGUGCAGAAAAGGAGAAAUUGAAGACCAGUAAUAAAUCAUCAAAUGGUGCUAAGAUACUAGAGUAGCCCCAUUUUUUUAAACAGCUACAUGUUAUUGAUAGUUUAAAUCAUCUCUGAGUAUACUCCUUUGAAACACUUUUGCCUGGCUACAUAAAGGAAAAAAAAAGAAUAUCUUGUAACAUGGAGUUUGCUGUCUUACUGAGUAAAUGUUUAGUCUUUAGUUUUCUGUGGUAGGCUCUGAUUCCAGCUCCUCACAUGUAACAUGUCCAUGCAAAAACCUGUUCUUGGAUUUUUUUUUUUUUUUUUCCCCCCUAAAGCUAGCAUGUCAAGCUUGGAAAUGUAUUGACAAACCAAAUAAGUUUGUUAGACAGCAACAAUAGGUGCUCUCUUUUGUUUUAACAAAAGUCUACCAUGACAUUUUGGGAAAAAUACUUCAUUUCAUGGCAUGUGAAUAGAAAUCCUGUUGGGAAGCAGCAAACACAUUUCUAAACAAGUCUUGUUCUAAGCUAAUAAGACUUUGCUGGAGGAGGGGUUGAAAUGGAAUAUCUGAGGUCAAAAUUCUUUUAAAGUGCUCUCUAUAGCAAUAAUUUAAGUACAACAUACAGCCUUCAGGCACCCAUUUAUUUAGGAGUUGCCAAGUGCAGGCAGUCUCUGAAGACCCUUACCUGUUCAUGGCAAAGAGAAAAAAAGAGCAUUAAUCAGAUCUCUGUAUUGCAUUUAUCAGAAAAGGAAUUAACUUCAUGCUUGUUCAGCUCUCCAGUCUAAUAGGCAAUACUAUGAGGAGUAGUGAUUUUUGAGAUAUUUGAUCUCUAGGAACUGACAAAAACCAUCAGCCUGUAGCAUACAAACCUCUACUCAGACUUAGCUCACCAGCCACAUUCACUAGUUUUCACCUGGUAACCUAGAAACUGCAGGGUGGUUUUCCAUGAGAAAAUAUGAGUCUCUCAAAUGGCUGUGCUUUUUAGCAUGAAAUAUAGAAUUAUUUACAUCUGUUUCUUCCUAAACAGGAAGGUGUUCCAAUUAAUCUCUUUUUUAGUGUUUAAUAUCAGUGUACUUUAUCUCUUUUUAUACCUGCGGCAAAGGAAUAAAUGUGGCUUUCAUCCACACACAGAAUAGAGUGGACUGUGGAGAAAGUGUGAAAAGCUGCUGUUUGAUUACAAGAACAAAUGAAACAGCACUGGAAAGUUUCAUUUUUCCGUACAUUGUCCAAACACUUGUGACUCUUUUCAAACCAACUUGUUACACAACCUGUAUAUAUUAGAAUCUUAUGUUUUUCACCACAGACAACUGGUUGGGGUGCCUACCUAUGUUUUGUAAGCAGAAGAUAAUGACUGUGCAACACCAUUGUAGUGGCAUAACUUUAAAAUCAAAGGGUAUAAGGUUGGAUAUAUUAAUUCUGCAGAUAUAAAGUCUUGCACUCCAUUAAGGGUGCUGUGUUUGUUCUUGAUAUUAUAAAUAAAUGCUCCUCACUUUUGAUUUUAGAUAAAAAGAUGUGUUAUAUUGGAAACAAGUACAGGCAUAUGGUGGAAUGAAAGAAAUGUCAAAGAAUAUUGACUAACGUGUUGUAACAAGAAGUUUAUCUCUCUGUCCAGGCCCUUACAAGACAGCAAAAGGUGAUAGGUAAAGGUGCUGUGUAUUCAGCAAUAAUUUAAAUGGCAUUAUGCUUAGAAACCUAAAUAUUAGAAUCCAUAAGUGAACUGGUUCUAUUGAAGAAAAUGGAAGUUUCACAUUGCAAAGAUGCGAAAAGCAUCUUUGCACGCAUAUGCACCUUGACAGAUUUUUAUGGGUAUGGUUAAAACAGAUAUGAAAGUAACAGGUUUAAGUAUGAUUAUUUAUAAUUAAAGCAUUUCAAAAUGUCAGUAUUGUUAUGACAUUGCAAGCUGUAAUGGAGAAAAGAUUUCCUUUUCAACUAAAUAGUCUCAGAAUCUAAUAUGUGCUUGUGGUGGGCUGACCCUGGCUGGAUGCCAGGUGCCCACCAAGCCGCUCUGUCACUCCCCUCCUCAGCAGGACAGGGAGGGCAGAAAAUAAGAUGGAAAAAACCUUAUGGGUCAAGAUAAAGGCAGUUUAAUAAAGCAAAAACAAAGGCUAUGCAGGAAAGCAAAGAAAAACAAGAGAUUUAUUCUCUACUUCCCAUCAGCAAGCAAUGUCCGGCCACUUCCUGGGAAGCAGGGCUUCAGUACAUGUAGCAGUUACUCUGGUAGACAAAUGUCAUAAUAACAAAUGCCCCCUCUCCUCCUCCUUUCUCUUAGCUUUUACUGCUGAGCAGACAUCAUACAAUAUGGAAUAUCCCUUUGGGCAGCUUCGGUCAGCUGUCCUGGCGAUGUCCCCUCCCAAGAUCUUGCCCACCCCCAGCCUACCAGUGAGGGGAGAAAUGUUGGAGAGACAGCCCUGGUGCUGUGCCAGCCCUGCUCAGCAGCAGCCAAAACCCUGGUGUGUUACCAACACCUUGCUGGCUGCCGAUAUACAGCACCGCACGGGGAGGGCUGCUGUGGGGACAAGUUACUCCAUCUCAGCCAGACCCAAUACAGCUCUCUACCCCUUAUUCCAUACCAUUUGCGUCAUGCUCAGCUCUCACAUAAUUUAAUACAUAUAUAUAUGUCUUCUAACCAUCCCAUUGUAUUUAAUUAUCAUUGCUGAAAUCUCUUCUUUCCAACACUUGCAACUUACACUACAUACCAUCUUUAUACCCAACACACCAAUUUAUACAUUCGCAUUAACUACUAUCCCCUCUCCUUUAACAGAUAGAUAUUACUCUUGCAUUCCAUGGGCUUCCUCCACUCCUCCAGAUGUUCAUAAAGAACAAACUAUGACCGAUAUGUCUAGAUGGGUGCUCAGGACAGAAGAAGUAGUACUUUCAAUUGUUGGGCACCAAUACCGGCUUGGUUUGGGUCAUCAUUGCACUCAUACGUUUUCUUACAAAACUCACUCUUCAUCGGUUCAGGUCGUUCCUGCUACAUUACUUCCUACAACAUACAAUUCACAUCACAGAUUAUUCUUCCUCCAAGGUUAAAUCUCCUUGAGGCACACACUGGGUCCCCCCAUCCUUCCGUAUUACCCACCAAGUACACCCAGAUCCUUGAGCAAAGACAAUCCCACAAAUGGCUUUGCCUUUUCCCAUGGGAGGAGCAAUGCACACUGCCUUCACCAGCCACUCCUCAGUGUGCAUUAUGGGGACCUUAUCUCCUCCCACAGUAUGUAGGGUUUUGUUUGGGCAGGACCAGGAUGGUUAGCAGAUCCUCUGGUGUUAAUCAACCAAGUGGCUUCUGCUAAAUUUGUAUCCCAGUGCUUCCAUGCCCCAUUACUCAAUGCGGUCAACAUACUCUUUAAUAAAGAGUCCAUUAUAUCUCUCAGUCUUUCCAGAGGCUUGUGGUUGAUAUAGGAUGUGAUACACUCACUCAAUCCUGUGUUUCUUUGCCCAGGAGUUUAUGAGGUUAUUUCAAAAAUGAGUGCCAUGGUCUGAUUCAAUUAUUUCUGGGGUAAUAUGUUACCACAAAAUUUGCCUUUCAAGGCCUAAGAUGGUGGUUUGGGCAGUGGCAUGGUUUACAGGGUAUGUUCCCAGCCAACCUGUAGUUGUUUCCACCAUGGUGAGUAUGUAGUGCUUGCCUUGGCAUGUUCGUGGCAGUGGUCCAAUAUAGCCAAUUUACCAGGCCUCGCCAUAUCAAAAACCAGCCACCACCCUCUAUUCCAGGUAGAUUUUACUCAUGUGGCUUGCCUGAUUGCAGCACAUGUUUCACAUUCAUGUGUGAUGGUCUCCAUCAUCAGGUCCACCCCUCGAUCACAAGCCCAUCUGUAUGUUGCAUCUCUCCCUAGAUGUCCCAAUGUUUCAUGGGCCCAUCAAGCUAUGAAUAACUCACCCUUAUGCUCCCAGUCCAAGUCAACCUGGGCUACUUCAAUUUUGGCAGCCUUGUCUACCUGUUCAUUGUUUUGAUGUUCUUCAGUGGUGCAGAUUUUGGGCACGUGAGUAUCUACAUGAUGUAACUUUAAAGCCAUGUUUUCUACCCUGGCAGCAAUGUCCUGCCACAACACAGCAGCCCAGAUGGGUUUACCCCUGCACUGCCAAUUGAUCUUCUUCCACUGCUGUAGCCACCCCCACAGGGCAUUAGCCACCAUCCAGGAGUCAGUGUAGAGAUAGAGUACUGGCCACUUAUUCUCAUUCAGAAAUCUCUAGGGCUAGUUGAAUAGCUUUCACUUCUGUAAACUGACUUCACUCACCUUUUCCUUCAGUGGCCUCAAUGGGUGGGACUCCACACAGAAGCUUUCCACUUUUGAUGGUUUCCUACCACAGAACAAGAUCCAUCAGUAAACAAAGCACAAUGCCUUUCAUCUUCUGAUAACCUACAUAUGGUGGUGCCGCUUGAGCACGAGCUACCUCCUCAGGCAGUGCUCCAAAAUCUCUGCCUUCUGGCCAGUCCAUGAUCUUCCAGGAUUCCUGGGCAGUUGGGUUUCCCCAGACAAGCAAAUCGCAUGACCAACGCUACUCUCUUACUCCAUUUAGCGCUGGUUGCCUGAUGUGUAAAGGGGAUUUCAGGGGCAUCACCCUUUUACAGUGCAGUUUGAAUUACUUCAUGACAAAUGGUAGGGCUGUGCUUUCACCCCUGGAGCAGUCAAUUCCAGUUGUAAUGGUCAACCCUCCAAGUGAAAGCAAACUGUGGCCUGCACUCUUCUGCCAAAAGAAUUGAGAAAAACUCAUUGGCAAUGUCACUUGUGGCGUACCACUUGGCUGCCUUCAACUCCAGUUCAUACUGGAGCUCUAAUAUGUCUCGUACAGUAGCACUCAGUGGUGGUGUCACUUCAUUCAGGCCAUGAUAGUCUCUCUGUUCCUGUUUCUGGUCAGAGUAUUCACUGACUGACCCUCACAGUUCCAGACCAAAAGUCCCCUCACCAGGAUCAAGUGAGGUGAUUUUAGUUCUUCUAAGUCUGGGAAAUCGUUCAUUGCCUUCUUGUGUCUCUACAGCAACUAUGCUUACCCUUCUUGGGUGAUCCCUUCUUAACAGCUGUCUUCCCUCUCAGUUUGCAUACAUGGGUGUCCACCUUAAAGGUGGGUUCACCAUCCCACUUCCUCAUGUCCUCCCCCGGUCAUGCAGGAAGAACCAGAGUGCGCUAUGUGGCAUGCACCUGGGGCUCCCUUUCCCUCUGACUCGGGCAGAAGACUGCUGAUUUCUUGGGGUGACCCUGACAGCCAAGGUGCUGGCCCAUAGGGGCGAGGAGGUACAGAUAUUUUCUUUGACGUUUUGGAGCCAAGACACUGUCUCCACAGUUGAUGUAUCCAUAUCCAGGCAACACAAGCUGUUAGAAUAUAAUGCUGGGGCACUUUGAAUCACCUUCCUCCACAUGACCCGUGUGCACAGGACAUCCUCUGGAUCUUUGGAGACCUCAUCAACACUUAGAUCACUGUAGAUGACUUCCAGCACUGCUACUUCUCUCAUGAACUGGGCUCCUUCAUCUGUGGUAGUCCACUUUCCUGGGGACUUCACAAGAUCUUCCCUGAAUGGAUAUCUUGCCCUCACACUUGAGAGGAGACAUCUUCAGAGACUGCAAAUUGCUGCCUCCUUUCCAAUUCUUCUCUCAAUUCCCCGGUUUUUACCCAGGAAUUCCAGCCUUUGGGCUUCCCUACCUUCCAAUUGCUGACUGUCGGCCCUGUUACCUCAGCAUCAGAGCAGCCAGGCAGUGAUCUGCUCAGCUGGCUGUCAGCUGUAAUCUUUCCACAUGUCUCACAGUUCUGAUGAGGUCAGGGACUGGGUAGUUUCUGCUUCCUGUCUGAAUUCUCUCACUCCUUCCUCCAAUUCUUUGUCAAAGGACUGGCUUGUUGAUCAAACCUUCCCUCUUCCCCCUCCCUUACUAAUCAAUGACACAGACCUGUUGUUUUCCUUGUCCACUAUUUCUUUUUCACUACUGAGGCAAUUACUGUAGUUGUUGUUGUUUGGGCCCUUAUCUCAACCAUGGUGUCCUCAGAUGCAGUUUGUGUCCCUGCCUCAACCACAGUCCUCUGAGAGAACUGAACUGCGGCUCGAUAGGCACAGGCCAGGCCCCAGUGCAGUGCUAGAAGCUGCUGGUUUUCACUGGGGCAGGCAAGGCACCCUUCUAUCAGGUGGCUUGUCAGUUUGCCAGGGUUGCUUACCUGUUCAGGUGUGAAGUCCCAGGUUAUGGGAGGUGAUAACCAUCCUAGGAACCUGACCAAAUUCUUCCACACACCCUGCCACCCAGGGACUGGGCACCUCAGGGCACAUUUGAGUAUCGCCUCACCCAAAAAUUUUCUUAACACCGGGAUGAGACCAGAUUGCACAAACACCAUAAUAUGCUAACAGUGUUAAUUACUAGUAUUAAACAGCUCACGUAAGGGUGAACAAGGACCUUGGGAGCCUGCAUAAUAAAACCAUCCACAUCAAUCCCAGGUAGGAAGAGAGAGAUGUAUUCCCUCAUCCUCUCCACAAGAUAGCUCCCCCAGCACAGCAAUAACAUCAAUGCCAGGGCAAAUCACAGAGCCAUUAUUUGUACUAAUAUGUUCCAAGCUCAGCAAAAUAGAGAGAUAAGCAGUGCAGCCAAACAAGCUCCAUGACCCGCACAGGAGCUUGCCAUUUAAUAACUACUAUAGCUGCAGCUUAAUACAAAACCCCACAUUGGGCACCAGAAAGGACUGUGGCAGUUCGAUCUUGGCUGGAUGCCAGGUGCCCACCAAGCCGCUCUGUCACUCCCCUCCUCAGCAGGACAGGGAGAGCAGGAAAUAAGAUGGAAAAAAACCACAACUGUGAGACAAGAUAAAGGCAGUUUAAUACAGCAAAAGCAAAAUGCCAUGCGCAGAAGCAGAACAAAACCAAAAGAUUACUCUCUACUUCCCGUCAGCAGGUGAUGUCUGGCCACUUCCCAAGAAGUAGGGCUUCAGUAUGUGUAGUGGUUGGUCCUGAAGACAAAUGUAAAAAUGAAUGCCCCCACUUUCUCCCCCUCUCAGCUUCUUAUUGCUGAGCAGACGUCAUACGGUAUGGGAUAGCCCUUUGGUCAGUUUGGGUCAGCUGUCCAGGCUGUGUCCCCUCCCAAGAUCUUGCCCACCCCCAGGGUACAGGUGAGGGGAAGAAACGUUGGAGAGACAGCCCUGGUGCUGUGCCAGCCCUGCUCAGCAGCAGCCAAAACCCUGGUGUGUUACCAACACCUUGCUGGCUGCCGAUACACAGCACCGCACGGGGAGGGCUGCUGUGGGGACAAGUCACUCCAUCUCAGCCAGACCCAAUACAGCUCUCUCAGAUGAGGGAGUUGAUCUUUUUUAAGUCUCACACUGAAAGUUAUGAAGAAUGGGUUCAUUGUUUUUUUUCCUUAAGUACAGAAAUCCUCAUGAGGUUAAAUAGAUUUACCACAUUCCCAUAUGAUCCUGGGAUUGUCAAGUGAAUGGAUAUAUUUUAGAGUAGAUUUUUUCCUGUAAUAAUAUUUGACAUUAAGAAGUUAAUCCUCCUUUUUAAUAUAGGCUAUACGUUGUUUUCAAUCUUUUUUUUUUUUUAAAUUGUAUGAUAGCAAGAAUGCAAUGGGCAUAGAAUAUAGCACAAAAUUAGUCAGCUCUCUUGGCAAUUCCAUAUUAGUAACAAAAGAUUACAGUCAAGCCUAUUCUCAGCACUGCUCCUAUAGCUAGUACUGAUUUAAUACAGUUACAAGGAAAAAUAGACAAUACAGAAAAAAAAGUAUUAUGACUUCCUAGAAAGUAUGACACAUGUUCACCUUUUAUUUCUUUUUUCCUCUUUGAAAAAUAUCAUUGCAGAAAAAGAGAGAAGUUUCUGAAACCUAAUAAAAAGGAAAAGAAAAAUAACAUAGUAAAUCAACAAAAAUUAAACAAAAAAGAUUCUGUAAUCUUUAAAAAUAUUGGGAGAAUUUAGCAGACAUUUAAACACAUAACAAUGGGUCGUGUCGAGUGCAAAACAGGUUCCCUGAGCAUGCAGCUUCUUUUGACUUUGUCAGGAGCUGUGAACAAGUAGCUCUGUAACAAUGGACUCAGGAGUGCUCAUUUGCCCCUAACCUGGCUGGAAGAACCAAGUACCAGUCCAGCUAACGUGCAUUAUGCAAUACAGGUGCUUAAAAAAAAUUGUAUUUUGCACAAUACAUCACGAUUGUUAUCAUGCAACUUUGUAGAACUUACUGCAACCUAAUAUUGCUAAAAAUAUGAUUUAGAAUAUUUCACAGCUGAUCAAAUUCUGGGUAAUAAAAGCAACAUCUGCAUUUAUAAUGCAUAAAAAUACAUAAGUGUUCAGCCUUUAUGCUUCUAAUUAUAAAAUGAUCUGACAGAAUUCUGUGGGAAAGUUCCUGCUAUUGUUGGGUAAAUUAUGGAAAUUUAAAAGAAAAUAAUAAAUGUCUGCUUCAGACAGUUUUUUUCAGAGAAAAAAAUGUUAUUAACAGAGAAUAAUUUUAAUACAUAUAAAUAUUCCCAACAUACAUUUCUCUCUUCAAAUACAUAUGUAGACAUCAACAUGAAUGAAGAAAGGUAUUAAAAAAAGAAAAAAUUAAAGAUACUGUGCAUUUGUUUGACUAUAUCUUAGUAUGAUAAGCUAUUGAUCAUUUAAAUCAUGUUAUAAAACUUACAGGUUAAUGCUAUAAGUGAUUUAUUUAGUGUAACAGCCUAAUUAAAUAAACUUUUAAGAAAGGUGUUAAAUAUCCUUUAGAAUCAUCACGAUACUUUUUUUCUAAAACUACAAAAUUCUCUUUUUAAGUAAGCAUAAGGUUAGAGAACUACGUCGGCCACUGCUAGUAACUCUUAUUAGCUAUUUUAUCUAAUUAUUCUGCCUAACAAUGUGGGUAGUGUGGAAGUAAUAAACAUAUUAUUCUUUUGAAACUUGCCUUAGAUAACUUUGUACAUUUCCCGUGGUAUCUGUAGCUUGAACGUUAUAUCCUAAGUUAUAUGUAGCGAUAUAUAACUGCAGGACUAUAGCACGGAUAGUAAGGUAAAUCUACACCUUUAUAAGUCAAGCCUAAUUAAGGUCAAGAAACUAGUCAGAGCAGUGGCACAGUCCCGUGGUAUGGUGGCAGCCUGCUCCAGUAGUCUCUGAGCUCCCACAGGCGAGGCUGUCACGAUGAUGAUGAUGAGGCUGUCUCGAUGAUGAUGAGGCUCUCGUAUUUUAAAGGAAGCAUUGGCAAACCUAUCGCGUAGAUGCUCAUCUUCUUCUCAUCGCUCUUAAUGCCUUUUACUCUUAGAAAAGAACAAAAGAAAAAAAAAUAUUUAUGGGCAAAAGCAGAAACAAGGACACCCACUGGAGGAGUGCCCAACAGAGCCCUGCAGGGUCUUCUUAGUCCUUGAAAUAUGGGUCGUUUCUGUACAGGAGCCCAGUUCAGGGGGAAGGCUGGAAAGGGUGGAGGAGAGGGAGUGUGUGUCUGACACCGGCUGGGGGAGAACUGGGCCAGAGUCUUCCAUUCUCUGGCUGACUUGGCAGGUAGGAUGCUGGAUGAACUGACUGUGGUAGCAGAAACAGCCCGCAUUUCAUGUGACAGCGAAAAGUCCAGUAUAGCUUCAUGUUUUGAAGACCACUGUGGGCCUUUAGGUGUAAUCCUUCGCACUGGAUGUCAAAGGGACGGUGGCAACCCUGAGCCCACACAUACCCUGACACCACAUCCCAGCGAGGCAUGGAAAUGGAGGCGCCUCUCAUGCUCUAGCCCAAACCAGUUCCCCAGAAAUGUCUGAGGGCUGGAAAUGUCUUUUGAGUUUCCUUACUUCCACCUUAAAUGGUACAGUCUGAGAACUGAUUUCUACUCCUGAGGCGCAUAGUCUAAAAGAGCAUUUUAGCACCUAUCUUGUAGAGAGACAGGGCUGGUUUUGGAACUAACCCUUAGUGUCAGACUUACAAAGCCAUUUAGAGGAUUAACUCCUAUUGAGCAUCUAGGCUUUAAAGGAAAUAAGUUUUCUUUCACUUGCACUGAGGAGUACUUACAGAGGCAGGGUUUCAGCUACUGUAAAUAAAUAUCAUUGAUUUGAAACUUCACAUAGGUCAAUAACAUAGAAGGUUUAGAGGAGCAUGAUGCAGAUAAGAUUUAAAAAUAAAUUUAAAACAAGUCAGAUCACUGGUUCCCAAGUAUCUUUAUGAUUAAAAAAAAAUGACUACCACCUCUUAAAAAAAAACAAAACAAAACAAAAAAACCACAACAAACAAACUAGAAAUGAAUCUGAUAGUGAGAUCAGUCCUCUGAAAUCUUGUCUUUUUCUGAAAUAAGGUUUCUUAUUUGGAUCUCCCAGGAGUAAGCUAGCAUCCACCUGUCAUCAGACUAACAAAUGCUGGUAGCACCUGUACUUUAACUAUCUGCCUGCUUUGUUGCCUUGGUCCUCUCAUCCUGUCCCCUAGUCCUGGGAUAAGAUCUGGAAAGGAGGUAGGUGGUUAAGUUGCACAGCACAGUUAGAACAAGCUGUUUCUGAGUGUUCUUGAAAAAAUUUAGGUGCCUAACAGAAAAGGUACCUGGGAAUUUAGGGCAGGUGGAGGUCAGAAAGAGGGUUAAGUGCUGGACUACCUUGCCUAACAUGGGGGUUUGGAGGAGUCCAUCUUCUCGUGUUCUUUGGUGGGUCAAGCCCCUAAAGCAGGCUGUUUCCUCACAGAAACUUUGUUUUACCCCAAGAUGCACAGCCAAGGGAGAGCAGAAGACAAGCAGAAUGAGCUGUAUCAUGAACGAAUUAUAGAGUGAGAGAAGCUCUUCAAGCUAAAGGAACAUUUUUGAGAUGAACAAAGAAAGUAACAGGAGAUAAAGUAGGUUACUGCUCUUUCACCCUCUUUCAUAGACUGUGAGUUUAGUAUUCACCCUGUUGACCCAAACUCUGGUGACGGCCUCUCCUACAUUCAGAAGUCUCAGCAAAGACUGAUUGCAAAUAUUUUUUUCUCUGAUUUCUUUUUUAAAAGACAUGAGAGUGUACUCCCGUUAAAGACUUAGUAGUACUAUUAAUCACGGAAUUUUCCUUUGAACGUGGGACUUAAACAUCUAAAUUUUUCACCCAGCAUAAAAGAUGAAUGUUAUUAUUAUGGAAGAGAAAUCUGGUUUUACUUUUCUUAAAAUCUCAUAGAUUCAUUUUCCAGUUACACAGAAGCUAGUUACCCAGUGAUUCAAGACGCAUGUUUUUUAAUGAAAACUUGCUUUAUUAUAUUUAUUUCCUUUCAGUAAAUUUUCUAUGGCCUUGAAACAACAACAACAACAACAACAACAACAAAUCUUAAAGUUUAGAUAGUAUGCUGAGCUGGUUGCUAUCCAUAGUUGUGUCACGUUCCUUGAUUAUUUUUUUUUCUCUCUCUUAACUAUUUGGGCAAGAGGUACAGCAUGAAAUAGCACAGUAAUUGUUCAACAUAAAACUUCCAAAUUACAGUUGAUGAAGUUCACUCAAAAGGAACUAAAAGUUCCCAAAAGAAGGUGGCAAAUCUAUGGAUAAUAUUGAAAAUAAUCAGCAAUAAACAAUACUUUGUACUAUUUUACACUGGAAAGUUUAUUUACAUAAUCCAAACUCUGUUACAGCAAACAGGCUCUUACUGGGUCCCAUCCUGACAGACUCAUAAAAUAUUUAAAGAGUUUUAAUAUUACAUUUCAAAUCACACUUUUGGAAGUUUCUCUUGUGUGUAGCUCACUAGUUUUUAAGGCAAUGAGAAUGCUGAUAAGUUUUGGGUUGUUUUCUUUUUAGAUUUAAUUUGUAUCAGUCUCAUGUUCAGCUGCUGUUCACUGAUAUUACCAUGGUACAAAAAUGAAGCUGUUGUUUUGGGUUUGUUUGAAAAAAUAAUAUAUUGUUCUUAGUAUGCUAUAUGUGAUGUGAUUUUCCCUGUGGACUAUCCUGGUAGAAGUAAUAUGUCUAUGGAAUUUGAAUUAAAACAGAUUAAAUACUUGCAAAGAUGUGCAUUACAGAUAUUUUUUUUCUUCCUCAAAUCCCCAAAAUAAGCAAUUAUUUUGAAAAGACAAGCUAAAAGUACCAAGGGAGGCAAGAAAUAAGGGCAUUACCAGAAAUAAUCAAAACGAUCUAGUACUCCAGGUACUUAACCUCAAACUCUCCCCCUUUUUUACCCUCAGUAAAGUAGGCAUAUAUUUUAACUGUCUCUACAAGCAGUGAAACAAUACCAACUUCUUGGCUUAUGGAUAUUUCUGUAUCAGGGUUCCAAUUGAGAACUUCAGUGUAAUCAAAUUCAUUACAUUAUUGUUUUGGCAUUUUAAUAUAAAUGGGGUCAUCAAAGAAACGACCCGAUACUACGGGGUUUUAUUUGUAAUGCUGUGCACAACUUGGAAUUGUUUGCUAUGACAUUUGAUAACUCAGGAAAUAAGCCAACUUAUUAAUAGUACAGUUCUGUGUAUCCUCAUCAACUUCACAUGCAAACAUCUAUA